AUGCCCAACAAAAUCUAUAUCCUUGAGCAAUGCCACACGGGCGCUGCCGGCGGCGAAACAACAAAAGUAGACCAAUAUCCUUGGAUGGCCUUAAUCGAGUACCACCGCAACGUGCGUGUAGGUGAAUUCGACGUAUCAAACGAGGUACACCAGCCAGACUGUGUAACUUCCACCGAAGGCGGCUCUGAUUGUACUGAAGGCCCUGUCAUGAUACCUAUUGAAAAAGUCAUCUCAUAUCCAGAUUACAACCAUCAUGAUAGGAAGACGAAGAAACAUGAUAUUGCUUUGAUACGCAUGAGUAAAUCAGCGCCUGAUUCCAAGUUUAUUCAUCCAAUCAGCCUACCCACAUCCGACAUAACUUUAUCACCGCCUACCGGCUGGCGGCUGAUUGAGGCAGGUUGGGGCGGUGUUUAUUCUCCUGAGAGAUCAAAUAAAGUAAAGAUGGACGUGAAAAUACCGUUUGUGCCACUUGCUGACAAGCGGCCGCGGCCGCGCGCCCGCCAUCGCACCGCGGGGCACCCGCGCGCGCUCGCACCCCACCACUUCACGCUCGUCCAGCUGCAUGCCGAGCUUAGUGGCACAGGCCAGCGUAAUGUGGAUGGGGUUCUCUCCAUUUUCCUCCGCCACGCCGCUGAGCUCGACCUCGUUCAGAAGCAGCUCCUGAUUGCGAUCGAAUGCCAAACUGUAUACGGCAAUCGCAAAAUCGAACUAUGGCAGGGUCAAAUUUGCGCUGGUGGUGAGGAAGCUCCUUGCGGAACGGACAAUGUACCUAUUGUUUAUACGAAGGUGUACGAGUAUAAUUCUUGGAUCCAUCAGAAUAUUGAAUCCUAA